CGGCGGUUGUUUUGGCUUGCCUUGUGGCGGCGGCUCGGGCUACUCCUCAAGAGGGCUACAACUACCAGGCGCCCUCUGGCCAGGGCUCUCCGCUCCCGGGAACCGGAUCAGGGCAGUUCCCCACAGGAUCGGGGCAAUUCCCUUCCGGUUCAGGGCAGUACCCAUCCGGGUCAGGGCAAGAACAGUACCCUUCCGCACCUGCUCAGUACAGCUUCAAGUGGGACGUGAAUGAUUCUCCUUCAGGAAAUUUCUACGGCCACCAGGAGCAGAGGGAAGGCGCCAACACUCAGGGCAGAUAUUACGUGCAACUCCCUGACGGUCGGCGGCUUGUCGUCGAGUACUACGCCGACAGCACUGGCUACCAUCCCACCAUCAGCUUCGAGGGCGAGGCGCAGUUUCCUUCUGGUCCUUCUCAAGGGGUGGGUCAGGGCUACCAAGGCGGUUCUGGACCUAACCAGGGCUUCGCACAGGGCGGUUCAGGGCCUAACCAGGGCUUCCCGCAGGGUGGUUCAGGACCUAACCAGGGUUUCCCACAGGGCGGUUCAGGACCGGAACUGGGGCAGUCUUACCUUCCCCCUUCUAAAUAAGCCCUUGUGUUCCUUUGAACUUAUCAUGUCUUGUGAUUUAUUGCUGUCUGAGAUAGCUGUGAUAUUAUACCUGCUGGGUAGUUCUGGCCAUAUGCACCUGCCAAAACCUUCGUCUGCUUCUUAUUCUUCAGCCUCAGAAUGGCUCUUGUUUGCACGAUUAUGUAUGAUACACGUGCGUUGAUGGAAAUAAACAGCCAAAGCAGUUGGCCUUCCACUUUA